GCAUGCCGAGGUUGCAACUCGCAGAGCCGACGUCCAACAGCCUUCCCACCUCGGAGUUCAGGCCCCCCAAAAUGGCGAGCUGGGCUGCGGAGACGCGCUGAGUGGCGGAGGCAAGCGAGCAGAGCCGCCGCGGCCCUGGUAGUUCGGAGCUCUGCCUUAGGGAACAUGCACUUUUCCAUUCCUGAAACCGAGUCCCGCAGCGGGGACAGCGGCGGCUCCGCCUAUGUGGCCUAUAACAUUCACGUGAAUGGAGUCUUGCACUGUCGGGUGCGCUACAGCCAGCUCCUGGGGCUGCACGAACAGCUUCGGAAGGAGUAUGGGGCCAAUGUGCUUCCUGCAUUCCCCCCAAAGAAGCUUUUCUCUUUGACGCCUGCAGAGGUAGAACAGAGGAGAGAGCAGUUGGAGAAGUACAUGCAAGCUGUCCGACAGGACCCAUUGCUUGGAAGCAGUGAGACCUUUAAUAGCUUUCUACGUCGGGCCCAGCAGGAGACACAACAGGUCCCCACAGAGGAGGUCUCCCUAGAAGUGCUGCUCAGCAGUGGACAGAAAGUUCUGGUCAAUGUGCUGACUUCUGACCAGACCGAAGAUGUCCUGGAGGCUGUGGCUGCAAAGCUGGAUCUUCCAGAUGAUUUGAUCGGGUAUUUUAGUCUCUUCCUUGUUCGAGAAAAAGAAGAUGGAGCCUUUUCUUUUGUACGGAAGCUGCAGGAAUUUGAGCUGCCUUACGUAUCUGUCACCAGUCUUCGGAGUCAGGAGUAUAAGAUUGUGCUCAGAAAGAGUUACUGGGACUCUGCCUAUGACGACGAUGUCAUGGAGAACCGGGUUGGCCUGAACCUACUUUAUGCUCAGACCGUGUCAGACAUUGAGCAUGGCUGGAUCCUGGUCACCAAAGAGCAGCACCGGCAGCUCAAAUCUCUGCAAGAGAAGGUCUCCAAAAAGGAGUUCUUGCGGCUGGCCCAAACUCUGCGGCAUUAUGGCUAUCUGCGCUUUGAUGCCUGUGUGGCUGACUUUCCAGAGAAGGAUUGCCCUGUUGUGGUCAGUGCAGGCAACAGUGAGCUCAGUCUCCAGCUACGACUACCAGGCCAGCAGCUUCGUGAAGGCUCUUUCCGGGUUACUCGAAUGCGAUGCUGGCGGGUCACCUCCUCUGUGCCACUCCCCAGUGGGGGCACGAGCAGUCCAAGCAGGGCUCGGGGUGAGGUGCGUCUAGAACUGGCUUUUGAAUACCUCAUGAGCAAGGACCGGCUACAAUGGGUCACCAUCACUAGCCCACAGGCUAUCAUGAUGAGCAUCUGCCUGCAGUCCAUGGUGGAUGAGCUGAUGGUGAAGAAAUCUGGGGGCAGUAUCAGGAAGAUGCUGCGUCGGCGGGUGGGGGGCACCCUGAGACGUUCAGACAGCCAGCAAGCAGUGAAGUCCCCACCAUUGCUCGAGUCACCAGAUGCCAGCAGGGAAUCCAUGGUCAAACUCUCAAGUAAACUGAGUGCUGUGAGCUUGCGGGGGAUUGGCAGUCCCAGCACAGACGCCAGUGCCAGUGCCGUCCACGGCAAUUUCGCCUUCGAGGGCAUUGGAGAUGAGGAUCUGUAAUCUCAGCUGGAUGUCUGCCCUCUACCUGAGAGACUUAGACAAACUUGCCCUGUGCCUAUGCUCCACGGGAGUCUUUUUCCUGCUCCCUCCUACUUCUCCUUUCCCCUCUUGGCCAGGGGCCUCCUAAUGUUCCUUCCCUUUCCUGGGCUGGCUACACAAAAGAUCACUGUCUCUUUUUCAGAGCUGGCCCUUGAUGCCAAAUUAGCAUUUAGUAUUUUGCACAAAGUCCAAGGGACGUGGCUACUUGCCCUGGUGAGGAACUAUAGCUCUCCAUGGGCAAAGGGUGGGCAGAGGUCUGGGAAUGGUCUGAGCAGCUCCCCAUCAUUAAACUCAGCCUGAUUGCCAUCUA